ACCAAUGGGACUGAAUCGAGAACAUUGCGCCAGGUACAAUUGCCCAUUGUAGACAAUGGUUUGUGCUCAUUGAAAUGGGGCGCGUCAUUCAGACCGGCGACACAACUUUGCGCCGGGUAUUUGUUUGGUGGCGAAGAUUUCUGUCAGGGUGAUAGCGGUGGACCAUUUAACUGCCAACUGGCCAAUGGCGCGUAUAUCGCUCAGGGUAUUGUCUCGUUCACCGAUGCACGUGGUUGUGGUCUGGCCUUUUCACCCAGCGUGUUCACUCGAGUAGAGCCGUACAUACCGUGGAUAGAAAGCGUGACAGGGCUGAAAUUUUAG